AUGACUUUCUUUCUGCUUCACACCCCUUCUUUUCUUCUUGCAUUACUCUCACUUAUUCCAACUGCUUAUACAGCAUGUAUCUCAAGUGGUGAUGAAACUACCAUUAAUAAUCUACUCUCUAGCGGAGGUGCCAAUGCCAUAGUAUCUCUCUGUGCCAAUAGUGUAUUCAAUCUGAAAAAUCCAAUCGUUUUUACAGCUUCUAAUCAAGAAUUAUCUACACAAGGAUAUCCUACAGACUCUACACGUGCGACUCUUGUUGUCACUGGUGUUAAUCAGACUGCUGCAAUUAUAGGUAACUGCGAUCAAUGUUCUGGUUUGAGACUUCGAAACAUCCAAGUGAAUGGUAACAGACCAGCUCUAGGAUUAUUUGAUGGUAGUGCGAAUAUUGAGAUUGGAGGACCUACUAGUAACCAACUUGUGGACCGCGUACAUUCCUACGAACCUCGAGGAUGGUCAUGUCUGCAUAUCACCGAAAGUGGAAUAAGUGGUUGCAGGAAUGCAACUAUUACUAACAAUGAAAUAGGUCCCGCAGGCGAUUCUGCUGGUCAUUGGGCAGAUGGCAUAUCCAUGGCAUGCACACGUAGCUUGGUUGUAAACAAUGUAAUUACAGAUGCUACAGAUGGUGCUAUUGUGAUUUUUGGUGCUCCUUUUACCACAGUCAAAAACAAUACUAUCAUUGCUAUAUCUCGCGUGCUUCUGGGUGCUAUCAACAUGGUGGAUUAUGAUCAAUAUUCCGGAGAUUAUACUGGUGUUACAGUUACGGACAAUACUAUUUGGGCUAAAUCAGCAUUCAUUAAAACAGGUAUUUCUAUUGGUCCAGCUGUGUGGGGAGCAGAUAAAACAAACUAUAACCGCAAUGGUAUAGUUCGUCGCAAUACAAUUAAGGGUGAUAAUAUGGGUUAUGGUAUUAUUGUCUCUGGUGCACAUAAUUUUACUGUCUUAGACAAUAUCUCUACCGCGAAUUACAGUGGUGCUUUUACUGCGAGUUGUGACACGCCUAAUAAUGCACCUCCAAUGGCAUUUCUAAAAAGUACUAGAGCUGACGGCAAUUUUCAAUCAAAUUUUGUCUUAGGCAGAGCUCAAUACCGAUCGAAGACAAAUAUGAAUUUUCCUCUUGAUGAAAACUUAACUGUAUGCAGUCUUGAAGCACAUAUCAAGAAUAAAUUUAUUAAAAAUGUUAUUAAAGAGAAAGAACCAACUAAACAAAAGUAUCGAGAAGCAGUCGAAAAAGGUCUUGGUGCCUAUUUGAUGCAUCAACAACGUGUACAACGUUGCUAG